AUGGCAUCAAAUUUGGAUUCCUUAAGAAUUAACUGUAAUAACAUGACUGAAGUCUCCGUGUUUAUAUUAAAGGGCUUCACAGAUGAUUUUGAUCUAGAGUGCCUUUUAUUUUUUAUAUUUCUAGGAAUCUAUCUUUUUACUCUGCUGGGAAAUUUAGGACUGGUUUUGUUGGUCAUUGGAGAUUCCCGGCUUCACACUCCCAUGUACUAUUUCCUGAGUGUUUUAUCAUUCUUGGAUGCCUGCUACUCUACAGUUGUCACUCCCAAAAUGCUGGUCAAUUUUUUGGCAGAAAAUAAAUCCAUUUCUUUCACUGCUUGUGUAACACAGAUGCUUCUCUUUGUUACAUUUGGGACCACAGAAUGCUUUCUGUUGGCUGCGAUGGCUUAUGAUCGUUACGUUGCCAUCUAUGAUCCACUGCUGUAUUCAGUGAGCAUGUCACCCAAGGUCUAUGUCUCACUCAUCAUCGCAUCCUACAUUGCUGGUGUUUUGCAUGCUACUGUCCACACUGUGGCCACAUUUAACCUGCCAUUUUGUGGAUCCAAUGAAUUACAUCAUGUAUUCUGUGACAUCCCACCACUGCUUGCCAUUUCAUGUUCUGAUACUCACAUAAACCAGCUUCUACUAUUUUAUUGUGUAGGUGCUAUUGAAGUAGUUACUGUACUAAUCGUUCUAAUCUCCUACGGUUUCAUUCUGUUGGCCAUUCUGAGGAUGGAUUCUGCUGAAGGAAGACAGAAAGUCUUCUCUACGUGUGGUGCUCACCUAACUGGGGUAUCCAUUUAUCAUGGGACAAUCCUUUUCAUGUAUGUGAGACCAAAUUCCAGCUACACCUUGGAUCAUGACAUGAUAGUAUCAAUAUUUUACACCAUUGUGAUUCCUAUGCUGAACCCCAUUAUCUAUAGUUUGAGAAACAAAGAUGUAAAAGUGGCAAUGAAAAAACUGCUCAAGAGACAUUGA